AUGCAAGACGAUACCCGCGAGCGGGACUUCCAUCAUCCAUACGAGCCCUACGACAUCCAAAAGCAGUUCAUGAACGCUGUGUACGAUUGCCUGGAGGAUGGUAAAGUCGGCAUAUUUGAGUCUCCUACCGGAACCGGAAAAUCGCUCAGCCUCAUAUGCGCAUCACUGACCUGGCUUCGCAAUUACAAGAGACGAAAUCUCGAGGAGGGGGUCGUUGCAGAUGCCGCUAACAGUGACGAGCCCGCAUGGAUCCUAGAACAUGCCAGUAAACAGAAAAAGCAGGCAGCACUUGCUCGAAGGCAGGACCUUGAAAGUCGCAUUGCCAAAAUCAAAGCCAAGGAGAAAAGGACGAAAGACCGCUACAAGAAUGGAGAGCCGCUGAACAAGCGACAAAAGACUGCAGCUGUCAAUGGAAUUGAUGACGCGGACGACGAGCAAUUCGCUUUGAAUGACUACGAGAGUGACAACGAUGGCACCAAUCAUCAAAAGUCACAAGGCUUGAACGAGCUCGGGCUGUCUACAGAGAAUCAAAUCCUCCUAGAGCAGAUGGGAUACUCAGCAAAGCCAAAAGAUGAAGAUAAUAACGAGAUCCCUGACGAAACGAAGAUAUUUUUCUGUUCUCGCACGCAUUCUCAACUUACGCAAUUCUCAAACGAGCUUAGUCGUGUCAAGAUGCCGCCUGCUAUAACUCCUGAAGCAGACAAUGAGGCGGAUAGCGAAGCCUCAUUGAUAGAAGAUGUCAAACAUCUCACUUUAGGCUCACGAAAGAACCUUUGCAUUAACCCAAAAGUCAGCAAGCUGCGCAGUGCCACCGCAAUCAAUGAACGAUGUAUGGAGUUGCAACAGCCCAAUACCUCCGCCGAGUGCAAAUGUCCAUUUAUCCCGCGCAGAGGGAAUGAAGCUUUAGUGAACGAUUUCCGAGACCACGCACUCGCCAAGGUCAGGGACAUCGAAGACCUGGGCACCUUGGGUAAGAAGCUCGGAAUAUGUCCGUACUAUGCUUCACGCCCGGCGACCAAGUAUUGCGAGAUCGUGACGCUCCCGUAUCCUCUACUUCUUCAAAAGUCUGCUCGUGAAGCCCUCGAUCUAUCUCUCAAGGAUCACAUUGUCAUCAUUGACGAAGCGCACAACUUAAUGGACGCGAUUGCCGGAAUAUAUUCGGUCUCUGUCACUCUCCAUCAGGCCCAAGAAGCUCGCUCUCAGCUCACAACAUAUUUGCAAAAGUUUCGCAACAAACUCAAAGGCAAAAACAGGGUAUAUGUCGCGCAGAUACUGCGGCUGAUCGACUCGGUCAUCGCAUACCUGCAGACGAAGGCGGCCAGUUCAAUGACCUCCGAUGGUAUGGUUGAUGUUCGCACGUUGCUGACCGGCAAGGGGCUUGACCAGAUCAACGUCUACAAGCUUAAUGCAUACCUACAGGAAAGCCGCUUAGCUCGGAAGGUUGAUGGGUACACCACGUAUGCAGGACAGGCUCAAGACCCCAGCCAGAAAGGCACCGAACGCCGGAACUCGAGGCAGACCGUUCCCGUUCUAACCCAAGUUCAAGCCUUCCUCAUGGCUUUGAUGAAUCCUUCGGAAGAAGGCCGCUUUUUCUACUCGUCGGACGAGGCCUCCAGUAUGACGCUCAAGUACAUGCUUUUGGAUCCUACCUUCCACUUCAAGGAUGUGGUAGAGGAUGCCCGUGCUGUUGUUUUAGCGGGAGGUACCAUGUCCCCGAUGAGUGACUAUGCAGACCAUCUGCUUUCAUAUCUAGACUGUUCAAAGAUCAUGACCCUUUCAUGUGGUCAUGUCAUACCUCCUUCAAACUUACUUGCAGUCCCGGUCGUGCAAACUCUGCGAGGAAACGAGUUCGACUUUACUUUCGAGAAGCGUAACUCGGAACAGAUGAUGAUCGACCUCGCACAUACCGUGUUGAGUCUCGUACAGCAUGUGCCCGAUGGUGUAGUGGUUUUCUUCCCAAGCUAUUCAUACUUGGACACGUGCACUGCCGCCUGGAAAAAGAUGCGAUCUACAUCAUCGCCGGAAUCUUCCUCGCUGUGGGAUUCUAUCCUCAACACUAAGCCUAUAUUUCUCGAACAACGCAGCCAGCCGUCAUCGGACAACAGUUCAGCUGCACCGGAAGAUGCAAGAGAUUCGGUCUUGGGUGCAUACAGUAGCGCGGUUGAUUUGGGUAAAGGUCGCGGCGCAGUCCUCUUUGCCGUUAUUGGUGGCACACUUUCUGAGGGCAUCAAUUUCAGUGAUGCCUUGGGCCGCGCAGUUGCUGUUAUUGGGCUGCCUUUCCCAAACCCUCACUCUGCAGAGUGGAAAGCUAAGACACAGUACGUCUCCGCCAAGGCAACAGGUCAAGGACGUGACGGCAAAGCGGCUGCGCGCGACUUUUACGAGAACGUGUGCAUGCGAGCCGUGAACCAGAGCGUGGGACGAGCUAUCCGACAUCGUGGAGACUACGCUGCCAUCCUUUUGCUCGACAGGCGGUACGCUGCGCCGCGCAUUCAGGCUAAGUUGCCUGGCUGGAUCCGGAAUAGCCUGGCAAAUGGGACGGGAGUCCGAGAGGUGGAAAAACGUCUAGAUACAUUCUUCGCGGGGAAGAAUAUAUAG